UUACCUGAGUCUCUCCGUUUCUCUCUAAAGAAACUUUCUACCAAUCAGCAGCUUUUUCUCAGCAACACAGGAGAAUACAGUAGGUAUAAUAACAUCAUCACAAUCUCCACAUUAAUAUGCACUAACUUGCAUACAAUUGACAUAGGAUGAUGCCCAGAGCUUCCCCAGUUAAUGACUUACAUCUACAGUCUUUUCCACUCAGACGUUAUGUUUGAAUGUGAACAUUAGAAGAAGAAAUCUACGUAGAGCGUCGAUAUGUCUGCUGCCAGCUGUCUGCUGACUGAAGAUCAGUUCCUGUGCUCCAUCUGUCUGGAGGUGUUCACUGAUCCAGUCAGCACACCAUGUGGACACAACUUCUGUAAAACCUGCAUCAAUAAACACUGGGACACUGAUGUUCCUUAUCAGUGUCCCAACUGUAAAGAGGUUUUUAACAUCAAACCUGAGCUGAAGGUCAACACUUUCAUCUCUGAGAUGGCUGCUCAGUUCAGACAGUCAACUCGUGAAGUCUACUCAGGAUCCAAAAGAAAGAUCUGGAUGUUCUUCCUGCUGUGUCUGCUGUGUGUCUUCAUAGCCUGGAAGGUUUCAGACCAAAAGAAACAUCUCGUUGGUCCUCAGAAGGAAGAAUAUGAAGCAAAGAAAGCAGAACUGUGGAAGACAGGUGCUGAAAUUCUGCAGAUGAUCCAGAAGAGACGACUGAAGAUUCAGGAGAUCAAACACUCAGUGGAGCUCAGUGAUGAAGAUGCUGACAUAGAGAUAGCAGUAGGUGUUCAGGUCUUCAGCGCUCUGAAGGUGUCUGUUGAGAGAAACCAGGCCGAGCUCAUUGAGACGAUCCAAGAGAAGCAGAGAAGGACAAAGCAACCAGCUGAAGGCUUCAUCACAGAGCUGGAACAGGAAAUCUCUGAGCUGCAGAAGAGAAGCACUGAGGUAGAGCAGCUCAUACAGUCUGAAGACCACCUCCACCUCCUCCAGAGCUUCACCUCCCUGAACGCUGCUCCACCCAACAAGGACUGGACACAAGUCAACGUCCAUCCACCUUCAUAUGAGGGGACUGUGGUGAGAGCUUUGAAUCAGCUGGAGGAGAUGCUCAGAAAACACAUGAAGAAGCUGCUCUCUGAGUCUGGUCUGAAGAGGGUCCAGCAGUCUGAAGUGGAUGUGACUCUUGAUCCUGAUACAGCACAUCCUAGACUCAUCCUGUCUGAAGAUGGAAAACAAGUUAAUCAUGGCAAUAUGUGGAAGAAUCUCCCAAACAAUCCAAAGAGAUUUGAUACUUGUGUUAUUGUCUUAGCAAAGCAGAGUUUCUCUUCAGGAAGAUUUUAUUUCGAGGUUCAGGUUAAAGGGAAGUCUUCUUGGGAUUUAGGAGUGGUCAGAGAGUCGGUCAACAGGAAGGGAGACAUCACACUGAGCCCUCAGGAUGGUUACUGGACGAUAUGGUUAAGAAAUUACAAUGAAUACAAAGCUGCUGCUAACCCUGCUGUCCUUCUGUCUCUGAAGUCUCCUCCUCAGAAGGUGGGGGUGUUUGUGGAUUAUGAGGAGGGUCUGGUCUCCUUUUAUGAUGUUGAUGCUGCAGCUCUUAUCUACUCCUUUACUGGCUGCUCCUUUACUGAGAAACUCCUCCCAUACUUCAGUCCCUGUAUUAAUGACGGUGGUAAAAACUCUGCCCCUCUGAUCAUCUCUCCUGUCAGUCACUGAGGAGAAC